ACUGCAGUACUUCGCUAAGUGAUCAAAAAUCAAGCAGUCGUUUGUCACAAUAAAGUCAUGAAGUGCCAAAUUCGCAAAGUAAAUGUGGACAGAAAUCCUGCUUUACCUUGUAAUGUGUAAUAUAACUCCAGCAGAUUUCUUCAACUUUUCAGAACAGAUAGAGAAACUCACAGCACAUCACGGCAAACCUUCCAGUUUGGCAAGUAUUUUCCAUUCAGCAAGCCGCUCAAUUUGCUUUCUAGAUAAGUACACAAGCUGUUUUGAGAAUUUAGGUUGUAUAAGUACUACCGAAGAGUGGUACCAUCACACGUAUAGACCGAAGAAUUUAGAACCACUAGAUCGCCAUACCAUAAAGACCGAAUUCCAUUUCAUUACCAAGCCAUCAGAUACGACAGGUACUUUAAAAUUUGAUCUUGUGAAUACCAAGAAUGGCUCUGAUUUGUCUUUUUCUGAAUGUGGAAAACAUCCAAACUUGAUUGUUUUGAUACACGAUUUCACAAGUAAUGGACGUACUGGAUGGAUUAAGCAUAUAGCAUCAACUUUAUUACAAAGUAGUAGCCCUAGCAUAAUAUCGGUCGAUUGGCAAGCGGGCGCGGAACCACCCUUUGAACAAGCAGUUUCAAACGCGAGAGUUGUUGCACUUGAAGCUAUUUCUCUGCUAAAAUCACUGAAGGGGAGCAAUCAACGAGUUUAUUUAAUUGGUCACGGUUUAGGUGCGCACAUUGCCGGUUACGUUGGUCACUCCCAUGCUGUGGACAAAAUUACCGGUUUAGACCCCACGGGGCCCUACUUUGAGCAUAUGCCGGCAGUUGUUAGACUAGAUGAAUCGGACGCGAAAUUCGUGGAGGUUCUCCAUACCGACGGGUUUUCAGGUAGAAGUCAAGGUACGCAGACUUCAAUGGGCCACGUCGAUUUUUUCAUCAACGGAGCUGAACACCAACCUCACUGUAACGACACCUCGUCCUUUCCGCCGCUACACAAAUUGGACAGAAAUUCUCUAAAGGAGGGAGAUAUUCUACCGGCCUGCAGCCACAAGAGAUCCUUUAAGUAUUUCAUUGAAGCAGCGAAUCAAGAAGACUGUGAGUACAUUGGAUUCCAGUGUAAUAGUUACGAGGAGUUCCAGGAGGGGAAGUGCACAGAGUGUGAGCGUGAACAUGGGACUUGCGCGAAGUUUGGGCCAAAUGAAGUUGAAAGCGAUAAAAAACCCUCCAAUUACUUUCUGCACACAGCUGGAACGUCACCAUAUUGCAUGUACUCGUACCGAGUAGAAAUGGUCUUUGACGACCGAUCGGGAACCUCGCAGCAGAAUGGAAACUUUGAAAUGAUAAUGAUUGGCGAAAAUGGAAUUUUGACGACUGCAUAUGCCAGUAACUGUGGUUCUCCAGCAAGUUUUAAAGCAGCAUCACCAUACGUCAUGAUAUACUACGCCAAACCUCCAGUAGUGACUCAUAUUAUAGAGGUGCGGCUCAAGUGGAUUCACAACGGCAACGCCAUCUGUUUCUUUUGCAAAACAUCAAUGUAUGUCAAUAAAGUUAACAUACAGCAAGUUUCGAUGAAAAAUCCCAAGACUGUGGAAAACUACAUGUGCCCAAAGUAUUCAUCGGAAAUCAAGAGCGGUUCCUACAUCACAUUUACAGAAUGCGAAGGUGCUAAACAUCAAGGCCACAAGUCCUUUUGACAUUACGUUAUUUAUUCUGAUACACUAAUUC